AUGACCGACAGCUCGCCACCACCCGGCGACAACGACGCGAAGCACAACAACGAUGCUCUCGCCCUGCCGCCAGGUCCCAGCUCCGAAACCGCUGCUGAUGAGAGUUCAGCCAUGACGCAGGCGCAGGACGAGCAAGGUGCGAGCGAACCUCAGCCGACGACUGCAGCGCAGUUGGGGAUGGCUGGUGACCGAAGCCAGGGGGAAGAUAUCCAUGGAGAGGGCGACGACGAGGCCGAAGAUGACGAGGAUGACGAAGAAGAAGAAGAGGAAGAAGAAGAGGAAGAGGAAGAGGAAGAGGAGGAAGAGCCAAAGCUCAAGUAUGCCCGUCUGACACAGCAUCUGGGCGGGGUGUACCGCAACGGCGAUGCGACGAGCGCCUUUCUGGUUGCCAGCGACAAGAUGGUUCGAUACCUCACUUCGCACGUCCUCCAAGUUCCCAGCUUCCAGCCGCUGCGUGUGUACCACGCCCACUCCGCCUCCGUCAGCUCCAUCUCCAUCUCUCCUUAUCCUCCUCCACUGCCAGCCCCUGGGCCGGGACUCAUCCGGUCCCCGACCAGCCCACUGCGCACGAGUACCUCAACCGCAGAUACCCAGACGUCCUCGGCUGCAAGGCGACCCCGCGAGCUUCCUCCAGUUCCAAAUACACCUUCAAAUAACAUCUACAUCGCCACAUCUUCCAUCGAUGGUAACAUCUGCGUCCAAUCGCUUGUUGAUGUGCGCGAUGUCUCACUACGCAACUUUGCCCGCCCCGUCCAGGCUGUGGCACUAUCGCCGGAGUACAAGCACGACAGGAUGUAUCUAUCUGGCGGUCUAGCCGGCCAGCUCAUCCUGACUGUCGGCCCUCCCGUUGGUCGCAGCACGGCAACCACAACUGGCGCUGCGGCCCAGGCGGCCGGCUGGUUGGGCAGCAUGGUCGGUGUUGGCACUGGCAAGGACACUGUGCUGCAUUCCGGCGAGGGCACCAUCACUACUAUCAAAUGGUCGUUGUCAGGCAAGUAUGUGGUGUGGCUGAAUGAGCAUGGCAUUAAAAUCAUGCGCACGAAGCUUCAUCUCGAAGCGGCCGAUGCCGAUGAUGCCUGGAAGCGAAUAGGCCAUAUCGAUCGCCCGCAGACUGAGGAGUGGGAUACUAUGGCGAGCGUGUGGAAGGGUCGCGUUGAAUGGAUCGAUGAGCAGGCUAUCGAACAGGACGAGCCUAGCCUCGAAAGGCGUGACUCAGUGUUGUCGCCAGCUGCAGAAAGCCUUAAGCAGCAGCAGUUGAAGGCAACGAAGAAGAUCGAGAGGUUGCUCGUCGGUUGGGGUGGGACUAUCUGGAUCAUCCAUGUCCAUCCCGGUGGCAUCGGUGUCGGCAAGAAUGCUGGUGAGCGGUCCGCCGGUCGGGCCGAGAUUGUGAAGAUACUACGCAUGGAUUGCAUCAUUUCCGGCAUUUCGUUGUAUACCCAAAACCUGUUGCUAGUUCUUGCUUACUGCUUACCUGAGGAAGACGAUGAGUCGACCAUGGAGGAGAACACUCCCCGGAAACCGUCGGGCGGCAUUCCCCGUAAACUCAACAACCAACCUCCAGAGCUCCGGUUGAUUGACCUGACCUCCCAGAGUGAGGUCGACAAAGACGGCCUUUGCAUUAGUCGCUUCGAGCGGCUCUCUGCCCACGAUUAUCACCUGGGCGUUCUACACGCCCAAACCAUCGCAGCUGCCCAGUCCUCUCGCGGUGCGCUCGAGACUUUAGUCGGGCUGGGGACCGAUGCACUCAGCAUGGCACUCAAUCCGAUGUCGCUGUUCAGUUCAGCAGCCAGCAUCCGCAGCAAGGACAGCGACUCUGGGUCGAAGAUUGCCCCGCCUUCGCGUCAGAGACGCUCAUUUUCAGUACACCCACACCUCGAGAAGCCUGGUAUCAAGAUCUUUAUUCAUAGUCCGUAUGACUGUGUGUUGGCUACCAAGCGCGACCUUUCUGAUCACCUUACCUGGCUCCUGGAACACCAGAAGUACCAGGAAGCUUGGGAGCUGGUCGACCACCAUCCCGAGAUCGUCACUCCUUCGCCUGCGGAGAGCGGGACUCCGACUACCCCCACACCGCAACAGACUACCCAGAGCAGUGAUGACUUCUAUGACGACACGGCCUCCAUAGCAGACCUCAAGGGUUUCCACUCGCCAGCUGAACGCGAGAAGCGUCGCAUCGGCGACCUUUGGGUGCAGGAACUCGUCAAAGCAGAAAACUGGGUCCGCGCAGGCCAGGUAUGUGGCCAGGUUGUGGGCACCCCCGACAAGUGGGAGAAGUGGGUUAAAACCUUUGCCGACGCUGGCAAGCUUGACGAUAUCGUGGAGCAUAUCCCCUCGGAGCGGACACAGCCCCCGAUUCCGGGAAGUGUCUACGAGCUGUGUCUGGGCCAUUACCUGCAGAGUAGCAAACCCAGAUUUAGGGGCCUGCUGCAGCGUUGGUCUCCAGAUUUGUUCGAUGUUAGUGCCGUGACGGCCUCGCUGGAGGAUCAGCUUCGCUUCCGUGACGUCCGGGAGGACAGUAUUGAGGACGGAGAAGUCGGAAGGGAUUGGAAAAUUGUGGUUGAGAGUCUUGCGAAGCUUCACGAGGCAAGCGGCAGGAACAGGGAUGCGCUGCGGUGCUAUGUUAAGCUGCAUGAUGCGGACAAUGCAAUGCGGCUUAUCCGCGAUAGGCAUCUUGCUGAUGCUGUGACCGAUGAUAUACCGAGCUUUAUCACCCUGCGUGUGCCCCCUGGCCGGGCAGGAAAGAUGAGCCGGCAGGAGUUGGAGCAGGCGACCUCUGAGGCGAUUACCUUGCUUGUGGAUAACGCGCAGCAUGGAUUGGUCAAGCCGGACGUUGUUAUUAGCCAGCUGCAGGCGAGGAAGAUGGAUUUGUAUACAUUCUUCUACCUGAGAGGGUUGUGGAGAGGUGAUGGCAUCCAUCAUCAUGGGGAGGGAACCCAGGCUAGGCUGGUGAGCGAGAGUCAGAGUUUGGUGGACCAGUUCGCCGAUUUAGCCGUGCAUCUGUUUGCGAUGUAUGACCAGGGGCUGUUGAAUAGCUUCUUGAGGACGUCGACGGCAUAUGCCUUCGAAAAGGCUGCCCAAGAAUGCGAGUCCCACAACUAUAUCCCCGAGCUCGUCUACCUAUACUCGAAAACCGGUCAGACUAAGCGGGCCCUCUACCUCAUCAUCGACCGACUGGGCGAUGUCUCGCGUGCCAUUGCCUUCGCCAAGGAACAGAACGACCCUGACCUGUGGGAGGACCUGCUGUCGUACAGCAUGGACAAGCCUCGGUUUAUCCGUGCCUUGCUGGAGCAGGUGACAGUCACUGUCGGCAGCGCGACAUCGACGGCAGCAGUUAACCCUGUCGCACUGGUCAGAAGGAUACCUGAGGGCUUGGAAAUCGAUGGUCUUCGGGAGGGCUUGUUACACAUUGUGCGCGACCAUGAAAUCAUGUGGAGCAUAUGCGAAGGCGCUGCCAAAGUCCUGCGCUCAGAGGUCGCCGAAGCUCAAGCUCGUCUCCGAGCCGGCCAGCGCCGCCCCGUCAAGUUCGACAUGCCUUCUGCCAAAGAACGCGCCGCCGUCGUCGCAAACGGUCACGCCAAAGGCCCCGAGCCGAAAGCCACUUCACAAACCCCUGCCAACGGGGCUGCUAACUCCGAUCCCGGUCCUGAACCUUUCCUCCUCCCGGUCAAGAAAUCAGCUAUCAAGUCUGGCGCGGCAAAGAAAUGCACCCCUGGCCACUGUGCUGUCUGCCUCUCGCCCUUCAUUGAAUGGGAAACCCACACCUUGGUUGGCUUUGCCUGUGGACAUGUCUUCCAUUUGCCCCAUCUCCUAGCCAAACUCUACCCCAAUGAGAGGGAGGAGGACUGGGUGGCGCAGGGGUUGUUAGGUCAAGUGUUACCCGCUGCUGGGGCCGGCUUUGGUUUUGAGGAUGAAGAAGAUGAGGAUGGGUUUGGGCUGGGGGGGCAUAGAGCUACGUUGAUGGCUCUAGGGGCUGGGCGGUCCGUUGGGGCGAAGGUUACACAUGCGAGGUUGUUGAGGGAGAGGAUACGGGGAGGAUGUCCUGUCUGUGGGGAAGGGCAAUCGACUGAUGGGGGCAGGUAA